AUGAGAACCGCUUCACUACAACAUGCUUUCUCUUUCCUCGUCUUCCUCGUACUCUGCACAUACACUUUCAAGAAAAUGCUGCGAAAGUUUCCACAGUCCACGGUCCUAAACUACGUCGUUUUUCUGCUGACCCAGCUGAAAGGAUCUUGGGAUCACCUCCUCAGGCAAUCCUUUUGCCAGUCUCCCUGCGCCAACCUCGGAGCGUCGCCGGAGGUCGGCGUAAGGGUUUUCGAAGGCGACGGAGUGGAGGCGGUGGAAUGCGCGGUUUGUUUGUGCGGGAUAGAGGAAGGGGAGGAGAUUGGAGACUUGAUGAGGUGUGGCCAUAUUUUCCACCGAGCUUGUUUGGAUAGGUGGCUUGGCACUGGCCGUAUGACGUGCCCGCUCUGCCGCUGCCACGUCAAGGGGUUCGCCGCCGCCGCUGGCCGGCUUCUUAACGAUCUUCAUGAAGAGGUCAUCGUGUUUGAUUUCUUCUCCAAUUACAGAGAUAGAUGCACAUGGUGGUUAAGAUGA